UAGAGGGUCCCCAGAUGGAAUCGCCAUCUAAGAGUCGACUACGUCAGGUGGUGGGGGCGUCCACUAUUUACCCCGCCUACAAGAGAGGAGAGAGCGUGACGGGCGAAAUGUUGACAGAUAUGUCUGUCUGGCAGGCAAUACGAGAUAGUAGCACUAAGGCUCUCGACUGGAUACUGACGACAAAGCCGGAAGUGAAGGGAGAACGAGAUUACCACGGGAACACUCUCCUCCUAAUUGCUGCUAAGUACAACCUGAUCGAAUCAGCACGUGUGUUGAUAUCCCACGGAGCCGACAUAAACGAAAAAAAUAGGGACAGUGGAAUAUCUCCCCUUCAUGAAGCAGCCAAGUAUAAUUCUUUGGAUGUUGGUCGACUAUUAAUAGAAUCAGGAUGUGACGUCAUGAUCCGUGACAACGAACAAAAGACUCCAUUACAUCAUUCCGCGAGAAGAGGCCGCGAUAAAAUGUUGGAGCUUCUUUUAAAUACUGGAAUGACAGAUAUAAAUGCCAGGGACGAAGACAAAAUGACUCCCUUACACGAGGCCAUCAUUCAGAAACACGAAUCCACAGCUACACUGCUGGUAAAAGAUGGGGCUGACGUCACAACGACGGUUAUAAAUGGACUCACGCCGUACAUGUUUGCAUCUGCAGUAGAAUUAACUGACAUUAUGAACCAAAUUUGGAAAAUAGUAAUGAAGAAAAGCGGCAGAGCAAGUGCUCAGGCAAUGGUGAAUCAGAGGGACCUGUGGGGUGGUACGGCGCUACAUAUUGCUGUCGACAACAUGACUGUGAAGUCAGUACAAGAAAUCAUCAGACACGGUGGAGAGUCCGAUCCCAAAAACGAGACCGGACAAACCCCUCUUCAUUUGGCCGCCAUCAAUGGUCAUUUGGAGAUUACAGAGGCGUUAUUGACCCACGGGGCAGCGGUUGGGCCCCGGGAUAAGGAUUCUUUUACCCCCAUUCAUAGAGCCUGUUUGUAUAAUCGUUACCAGGUGGUCUCUGCAAUAAUGAACAAGGGUGGGGACAUCAACCAGAAAACCAAAGAAUCCCUGACACCGUUGAUUCUUGCCUGCUGGAAAGGUCACCUUGAGACGGUGGAGUUCCUGCUGACCAAUGGUGCUCAGAUAACAGCGGUAGACAAUCUGAUGAAGAAUGCGCUCCACUGGACAGUAGAAAACGCCCACCUUCAGGUCCUGUUGUACCUUUUAAAGAAAUGCGACUGUGUCAUGAUCGAAGCUUUGGAUUUCGCAGAGCAGACGAUUACGCACUAUGCUGCCAAACUUGGAAAUAUAGCGAUUUUACAAGCCUUGAUACAUAAUAAAUGUAAACUAGACGUCCGUGACAUGGACGGAAAAACUCCCAUCCAUAUAGCAGCAGAAAACGAUAACGAGGCUGCCGUGGAGGCGCUGUACACCGCCAGCAGUUCUGAACUGAAUGAUGGCGACUCGGACGGACAGACGCCUCUGAUGCUGGCUGUCAAGGAAGGACAAUACAGCACAGUCAAACUUCUGCUAUCUUUAGGGGCCGAUAUCUCACACAGGGACGAGAACCUGUGCACCGUAUUAGGUACUGCUGCCCGUGAAGGUCAUGUGAAGAUAAUGAAACUUCUGUUGGAUCAUUAUGCUGAUAUGAACGCUGCGGAUAAAGCAAAGAAUACUCCAUUACACAUAGCAUCUAGCAAAGGCCAUGUUGAAUGUGUUCAACUUCUACUGGACAGGAAGUCAGACGUAUUAUCCAGGAAUAGUAACGAGAAAUCCCCGCUCGAUUUAGCCUUAGAAAACAGACACUCCGAAGUAGCUGUAGCCUUUAUGAAAUCAAAACGAUGGGUGGACAUCGUUGGUCUAAGGGACUCUUGUGGUAAAACACCGGUGGACGCAAUGAUUCAGAAAUGUCCUGACUCAUUUUUGAUUGUUUUGGAGAAUUGUAUACAAUCUACCGGAGAUUUCCCGGAUAGCAUAGACUUUACACAAAAACUCGACUUCCGGUUUAUUGACCCAGGACCGGAAGACGUAAUGUGUAAAGAGCGAAGAUAUUUUGCAUACGAGACCAUGGUGAAACAUGGCCGAGAGGAGUUAUUGACACAUCCUUUAGUUCAACAGUGCCUAUUGUUAAAAUGGAAGAAGUUUGGUCGGCCCGUGUACUACCUGAACGUACUGCUGUUCGUGGUCUAUCUAACCCUCAUCAAUGUCUACUGCAUCACCAUGCCAAAAAUCACCACCAAUCUACUGGACAGUGUCCGGCGGUGUCCGAUCUAUCUAAACGCCACACAGUUAGCGAACCAGACCCUGGUCAACUAUUAUAUUCAGUAUGGCCAGAUUUCCAACAUCUACAUAGAAGACGAGGGUCUCACGAUCGUGUUGUCCUUGCUUUUCGCCAUAAUGCUCUUCUUUUAUAUAAGGGAGGCAAUCAGUAUCUACGCAAGGCGGUUACGGUACUUCCUGAUUCCGUUUAACUACGUGACCUGGGUUAUGCUGAUGGGGACUACAGCGUCCUUGAACCCCCUGAACUACGUCCCGUGUGAGAGUCAGUGGAGGGCGGCCUGGAUUGCUACUCUGUCGGCCUGGGUCUGCCUAAUCUCCAUCCUCAGGGCACUUGACGUGGUGGGGAUAUACUUCGUCAUGUUGGAACAGGUGUUCCAUUCUCUACUCAAGGUGUGUGUGGUAUUGGUGCUAUUUUUACUGGCCUUCUCUCAGGCGUUUUUUAUCACAAUGGCACAAACGUCGGGCUUUAAGAAUGACCAGCCCUACCCCCUGACUGUUCUCUCCAUGACCUUGGGGGAGAUUAACUAUAUUGACAACUUUAUGAGUGGUGCUGAUGCUGCCUUCUAUGUGGACAACCUCAUUCUAUUCCUUCUCUUCGCUCUCAUCAUGCCGAUAUCACUGAUGAACUUGUUGAUAGGUAUAGCUGUAGGGGACAUAGAGGCUGUACAGAAGAAAGCGUACAUAACCAGACUCUCAAUACAGAUUGACUUUUUAUGCAACACGGAAAUCACUUUUCCCAGAUAUUUUCAAAAAAAGUUUUAUAAAAGGAACCUGACAGUCAUACCAAAUAAAAAUAUUAACUCAAGAUUUAAUAGGUUCUAUAAAUUUCUGUUCGGUGAACCACAUAACAGCCACACCUUUAUAAAAGAAGAGAAACCAGAUUAUAUUAAAGAGACUGUACAAAAACUACAGGAGGAUGUCAGAAAAACAAAGCAACAACUGGCACAAGCGACUUCGAUGCAGAAGCAGUCUCUGGAGUUACUGAAGCAGAUGUGUGACCAGCUUAAUGUCCAUUAUAAACUGGACAAUAUCUCACUGGUAGAAUCUCACAAGACGGACAUACACAGCAGACUGGACUUCCAUUAGUCACUUCACAAACUCCAGAUAGUCACAGUAGACUAGACUACAGAUAGUCACAGUGGACUAGUCUACAGAUAGUCAUAGAAGACUAGACUACAGGUAGUCACAGAUGAGACUACAGAUAGUCACAGUAGAAUCUCACAAGACAGACAUAGACAACAGACGGGACUUUCAUUAGUCACCAUUCAAACUUCAGAGACUAGACUAUAGGUACACCGUAUUCACAGAAGUUUGGACAACAGCUAUAUAGUCAAAGAAGACUGUUCUACACCUUGUAAAAUUAAAGUAGACUAAAGUAGACUAUACAGAAAUAUUCACAGGGCACAGAAUUAUAGACAAUCACAGAUCACAGUUCACUAGACUAAGAUAGUCACAGUAAUCUGAACUUCUAUUAUAACUACUGUACUAUGGACGUCAGACAGGCAAAAAUGCUCAGU